UAUACUUAACUUUCCCAUAACAUAUUUUACUAGAAUUAAAGUCAUGUUGAUUCGAAUCGAUUCAGUUUUAUUAUAAUCAGAAUCCUUUUUUUUUUAAGGGAACGCAUGAAAUGGAAAUAAACCAAAUUGUUUAUUCAACCAUGGGCCGGGAAAUGCUAGUGAUAAGGUGGGCUGGGCCUGAUCACGAACCAGCAACGGUUCCCUUCAAGUUUGGGCCAAGUAAUAUGCCGUUUUCUAUCUUCUUUUGAAUCGAAUAACAACCGUCGAGAAUCGCAAUCCUGAAAAUCCAACGGCGUAGAACGAUUUAUUCGCGUCUGAAGAAACCGUUGCCGGCGGCAGAGGAGAAGAACCGGCGAUUCGGGAGAUGGCAGAUUUGCUAAAGAUCUCCUUCUGAUUAAAAACAGAGAAAUUCCGGCCGAGCAAUUAUAUUAUUUUAGCGAAAACGGGAAGAAAUAAAUCAAAAUAAAUAAGAGGCUGUGCGGUCACUUAGUAAGCGCAGAAUCAGGAACGAUUCAUAAUAAAUACUCUAAUUCCCUUUUUUCCCCUUGAGAUAUAUCAUCAUUAAUUUUAAUUAAUAGCUAAUUACGUUCCCGGAAACCCGGGGAUUAGUGAAAAGAGAAGGAAAAAGGAACAAAAAGUUAAUAAUAAUUCUGAUAACAACAAAGAAGAAAAAUAAAUAAUUUAUAUUGACUUUGUUCUUCCCCAAAUUCAGUCUUUCUUCUUCUUAUUUUCCUGUUCUUUCUUCUCUUUCUUUUUCCUUCUCCUUUUCAACGAUUUAUUCCCCUUUUGUUUAUUAUUAUUAUUAGGGAGCAGAGUUGAGAAACAUUUUUGUUUUUGCCCAGAAAAAGGUGGGUUGGAUUUUUUGGAGCACUGUAGAUUUUGAUCAUGGAAAAGGGGAUUUUUUAAAUGGGUUUUGGCGGUUAAUUUCUGGGUAUUAUUUGGAUUCACAGAUUGACCGGAGGAGGAAGACGAUCGCGGUUGGGCCACUGAGUUGCGAGCAAUGAGUCAGGAACUCAGUGGGCGGAUCAGCAGCAGCGCCGUGGAUUGUAAUCAGAAAGCGGUUUCGGUUUCUUCUUCCGCCGCUACGGGGGAAGAUUUGGCUUCUGGUUCGGCGGCUUCGUCGCCGACGAGCAGGGUCAAGUUUCUAUGCAGCCAUGGUGGGAAGAUUAUGCUGAGGCCUCCUGACGGUCUCCUGAAGUACGUCGGCGGCGAGACUCGUGUCAUUGCAGUACCGCGUGAUAUACGCUUCUCAGACCUGAUGAAGAAGCUGAAAGCAGAAUUUGAAAGUGACGUGGUGCUCAAAUACCAGGUUGUGCCAGAAGAUCUCGACAUACUGGUCUCUGUACGAAACGACGAAGAUCUAAAGCACAUGCUAGAGGAAUACUACCGCCACGAGAGCGAAGGGAUAACAAAGUUCCGAGCUUUCUUGUUCCCAUCCAACCCAAGCCUCCUCGACUCACAAGCACCCAUCUCUUCCGAUCCACAUGCAGCCGAGCAACGCUACAUCGAGGCAGUCAACGGCUCCACGUAUCAUCGAUCGGGAUUCCACAAUUCAAGACAGCUCUCGACCCUUGGCCGCCCGACAUUCAGCAUAUCCGCUUGCAACUCUCCCAACUGCGGGUCUCCAGAGAGCAACCGCAGCGAACCAGUGUCCCCUGAACCCAGAAAUUUCACGAUGAGCAGCAACAACCCACUCAGCGGUAAACAUUCAAUGUCCAGAGUCCACAGUUCUCCUAGCCUCUGCAGUUUGAACAGCUACCAACAGCAGCAGCAGAGCAACAGCAGUAGCAGCAACCUGGGAAGCAAUCAUCAUCAGAUUUACAGACCUUAUCCGCACUACUACCACCAGCAACAGCAACAACAACUCCACCAUCCUCAUAGCUACCAACAACAGCAUUUGAAGCCUCCGUCGCAUGAUCCUCAUAGGCUGUCCCCAGGGUUGUCACGACACGAGAUGGUUAGAGGCCCUUCUUCAUCUUCUGCUAUAAAUGCUCAUCAUCAGUACUAUUCAAACAGCAGGCAUAACAACAACGUGGGAAUGGGAGUUGCUGGGAACAAGUAUGGAUACCAGGAUGAGCAUAAUGGUUAUUCGCCUGCGUAUAAUAGAAACUUUGACAGAAUGGAUAGUCUUCGUUCGAGUAGCAGAAUGGGAGUCGACAGAGGUGACAUGAGCUAACCAAUGGCUUCUUUCGUGUUCUCCUGUUCUCCCAACUCCAUUUUGACUCUCCAUUUUUGGGUUUUUUUGUCUCAACUUCCUACUAUUAUACAUAUCUUGUUUUCACUGUACAGACGGAGCACAUAUUUUAAGAAGUUCAUUACUAUGUAAGCAAAGCCAUGCUGCCUAGAACCUAUAUUAUUGUACGCAUCAGAACUGUGGUAAAAAGAAAAACUUGUACUGGUUCAGUAUUUGUAUUUCCACUGUUUCUGCUGUGCUUUCAAAUUUCAAGCUGUGGCUUGCCAAAAGGGCUUCUACUACAGCAACUCCAUUGUCAGUUCUUUUCGAUUACGUGGUCGUGAAGUAACCUUUCUCUAGUUAAACUGACGGACGUUCGUUACUUGAAACUUCAAAGGGAAGCAAUGGAGGAUCCUCAAUACACAAAAAGGGAUAGUCGGCUUUCCUAGCCUUGCUGGUUGCUCACAAAUCUGGUCUAGAGAACCAAUUGGCGGCAGGCUAACUAAAUUUCAAGGUGGAAG